CGCAGAGCUGCGCAGACGCUCUGCGCAUCCGUCGGCCCGCGCAGCCAUUUCUCUUCCCCCUCGUGAAAACAACCAACCAACGCGGCGCGGCGGGAGAGUCAUGACGUCGGCUGCACACAACGGGACCGAACACCACCACCGCCGACCCGAGACCCGCGCCAGCCGCAAACUUUCCCCCCCGACUCCCCGCCUGCGCGGGCUAAAAAACCGCCCGCCGUGCUGCCGCCGCUGCUCGCCUGCGCGUCGGCCAUGGAGGGGAGCCUGCGGGCGGGAGGCUGCAGCGACGUCGCGACGAUGCACGUGAAGAUCGAGGAGCUCGACGAGAAGACGCCUGCGCCGGUCUCGGGCAGUCGGGAGUCGCCUGCGCGCUGCGGAGAUGCCGCAUGCGGAGGAGGAGACCAGCUGGCUGACGCGACCACCGCUGCCGUGCUGCUGUGUGAGUGCCGCCGUUUGAGAGUUGGAAGGUUUUUGCGUCACGUCAGCACGCGCCAUCGUUUUAAAUCGUUUGACGCGAUACGUGCGACCCAUGUGUGCCCUGCAUCAGAUCCCGUGAGCACGGACCGCUUCUUCGCCACAUCAGGGGAUGGAAAGACGUACCUGAAGAUAGCGCCAGCUUCAGCGAUGCCAUCUGGCCCCUCAGAAAAGACGCUUCCCUCCGGCUCCGAUUUCUCCUCCAAAGCCGUGCUGUGCCUGAUCGAGGCCGUCGGGCGCCGCUGGGGCCUCUAUGAGACCCGGGAGCGCUCGCAGCUCUUCCAGAGCGUCCAGGAGGAGAUGGCCUCCAAGGGCCACGUGCUCCCCGUUGAGAAGAUCCGCCGUAAGUGGAACAACCUCAUCGUCACAUACAAGAGGGUUAAAGACCGCAGCCGGGAGACGGGGCACGCCAAAACGUCCUGGGAGUUCUUCGAUUUGAUGGACUCAACCCUCUGUGACACCGUUGGCACCCAGAUCGCCAACGCCAAGAGGCCCCGAGCGUCCGCGCAGCCCGGCCCGCUGGCAAAGAUCGCCGCGAAACCGCAGUUCCCGCAGCGCACCACCGUCAUCCGCCCUGAUGGGGACUUCGCUCCGACUGGUGGGGAGGACUCGGCGGGUCACGGGGCCGCCGGCUGCCAGGUCAUCAGCGGCGCUGCCGCCGUUGGCGCGAUGACCCCGGCGACCGUUAGCCCGACAAAUGCGCCAGAACUCAAGCCCCUGAUUGUCUUCAACAGCGAGAUCGUUGCAUCCAGUGUCCAUCCGGCCGCCGUUGUGCCAUCGCCAUCUUUCAUCUCCUCGCCUUGUUUCACAGAGACGGCCUCCACUCCCCCCUCGCUCGGCCUUACGGGCAGCGCCGACCUCAACGCGCCGCACCACGCGGACCGCAAACCGCUGCCGUUUUCGCAAGGCCCCACGUCCUUUCGCCUUGGCGGGGCGCCGCCGAGUAACAGUCACAAUAUCCUGGGCCACUCCUCACCGUUCCCGCCCACUUCCUCGUCUCUCUCCUCCUCUGCUUCCACCUCACUAUCGGCAACCACCCCGACGGCGAGCGAAGGGGCGAAGCCGCAAAGGGGACGAGGAAGCGGGCCGGGCGCCGCGUUGUUCCAGGAGGGCCCUGAAGCGGCAGGAGGGAGCAGGCCUACCUGGAGCGGGUGGCUCGCCGCCGGGUGGAAGCCAGGGAGAAGAGGCGCGAGAGGAGGAAGGUGCGGAUGGCAGAUUCCCUGGGCAGGAUAGCCACGGCCCUGGAGCUGCUCUCCUCCAAGCAGGACACCGUCAUUGCCCUUCUGCAGAGACUGGCUGAGCGGAAGUGAUGGAGGGCUCCUGGGAUCACGCUUUUUAAAACUUCUUAAUCCAUAACAUAAUCCCCCCCCCCCCCCCCCCAACAUGAGUGUAAAUAACAUUUUUAACUUUUCUACAUGAAGCAUGAGGGGAAUGGGUCGCUUUGGUAACAUGCUUUACAUAUGAGUGCAUUACAGUUUGCUUCACCAACAUCAAUAAAAAAAGAUCCUGAACAGAGUGAUAAUGGUGAAUAAUUACUCCUCAUGGCCGACGAGAGACGUCUCCCGAAUGCAACUCCAAUGUGUGACGAGUGGGUGGGACCAUGUUCUGUCCAAAAAAAAGGCACUACUGUGGACGGUGGAUCUCCUGAAGGCUUUUCAUCAACCUCUAGUCUUCAAAAUCCACAUCAUUAGUUAGACGGUUUUGAGUAUCUGCCAAUAAGUCUUUCAAUCGGGAGAGACAAAGUGAGAUAGUGAAAGAUAGCAGUUUAUUAAUAAACGACACGUGAUGAUAAAAGUCUCUCUCAGACGCCGCAGGGAGAUUUGCAAUGGACGGAUGCCUUGAGCUUUGAGAGGAUGAAUUCCCUGGUGGUGGUGUUGGCUGAUAAGGCGGCUUGAAUGAGGAGUUGAUGAAGACUGGGUGGAGAUGAGGAGGUGGAGGGAUGCACAACGGGUUCAGCCCAUGUAGAGACAGCAGCAAGGUGCUUUUGCAUUUUUUUUUUCUUUGUGCUUAUUAGACAGAAGAGACCAGCUGAUCUAAACAGCUGAUGUCCUGAUGGACAGCUCCAGACGGUGACAGCGAGGGAUUGAUAAGUGAGCACAAGGAGUGGUAGAUGUAGAUGGGUUUUCCUGUCUGAACCUGUGCUAGCUUUUGUUUCAUUCAUUUACAGUACUUCUAAGAACACAAUACAUUCAACUUUGCUGGCGUUUAUUUUGACCGUCCGAACCUGAGAGUUUGCCAACCAAUUAAAAUGCAUUGCACAGUCAA